AUGGAGGCAUAUUCGAGAGGCGAUGAGACGGCAGAUCCUCCUAGUAUUUUGGAACACUCAAGCCUAGAACGCUCAGGGAGAUUCGUCCCUGGCAUUAGUUCUUUUUCUGUCACCACUUCCGGUUCUGGAGACGUGAUGAACGCAUCGCGGCCCUUACCACCACCACAACUCCCCUUCGGCAAUCUUCACGCGUAUCACCAAGAGCCCGGACAACCACAACCCUACUGCAAUCCAUACAGCCUCAGGAAGUACAGUUAUCAUGACAGCUUAGGAGGCUCGCAUUACAAAUCACCAUACACGGAGCCCGCUUAUAGGAAUGAUGAGGGUUAUCUCGGCACAGGUUCGUCUUCAGCUUCGGCUUCCACAAGACCUAACUACCACCUGCCCAGCAUCCCGGCCGAGUUUGGUCUGCACCAUAACCAGUUCCAGCUCCAUAUUAGCGCCGACCCCUUCUUUGGUAUGGAGAAUAAGCUUCCGCUUGUGAAAAGGUUCGAUACUCAGGGGCCUGGCCCGCACCUUAAUGCGUCAAGCGCAUCGUCAACUAGCGACACCUUCUCGAAGCUGUCCGGCGACAUUAGCGUCCCGCCACUCUCCGUGCCCACCAGCCUGCCGUUGCACCUCAAAAAGUCGAACCUCCUGGAUACGCAGACUCCCAGCUCUGCCCUGUCAAAGCCAGCCAUUCCAUCUUGGUCAGGAAUAUCACUCGCCGCCAGCUUACGAAGGAACAACAGCGACGAUGGCUUACCGCACAACCACGAGGCGCAUGAGAUGGAGAUGAAGGAGAACAAUCCUCGCCGUACAUCUAUGAAUCCCGACAACACCGUAUCACUUGCUGUCACACUUCUAAGUGACUCACUACAUCGCCACGACGAAAGCCAAAGAGGAUCACCUACGCGUCAACUAAGCGUCAUUCCUCAACAACCGGCCUUUUCAGUGUCGGCGUGUUCCACGGCGUCUCACAGCUCGGAUUCACACCUGCAUACGAGGAGCAUUGCCCGCAUAGGUUUGUCAUAUGGCCAAAUUUCUCUAGGCGAACCGUCUCCGGGAGCCAUUCCGUCCGGCAGAAAUGAUGCCAUGUGCAUCUCUCCUCAUGAUGCAUUGAUGUCGUUGAACGCCUCGCCUCGCGGUCCCAUUCCUAGAGCAACCUACCAGCGGACCACUAGCAAUGACGGGCCUCUAGCUUCUCCGCGCAAGCCCACAGAAGCGAGCAGGCCUGAUGAGCACAAGAUCUUGAGGGGAUUCUUAUGCGACUGUUGCCCGAAGAAACCCAAGAAAUUCACUUCGGCCGAGGAAUUAGCGUCUCAUGAAGCCGAAAAGCCGCAUGAGUGUUCGUUCUGCGGAAAUCGAUUCAAGAACAAGAACGAGGCCGAACGCCAUCAAAAUAGUGUUCAUGUUCGGGGCAAAAGCUGUAGUUGCUCGGCUCUGAAUGGCUAUGAUCAAGCUUUCCACGAUAGUACGAAUCGUCCCGGUGAAGCAGACUCUUGUGGUUUCUGCGGUGAGGAGUUUCUCAAAGAAGGGAGAGGCUCAGGGGAUCACGCUUCGCAUCACGGCACCGAGCAGGACUGGGAUGAGCGUGUCUACCACCUUCGAGAGGUCCACAAGUUCCGAGAGUGUAACUCGAGCAAGAAAUUCUUCCGUGCGGACCAUUUCCGUCAGCACCUUAAACACAGCCACGCAGGCACAAGCGGUACAUGGACGAAUGCGCUAGAGAACGCCUGCAUACUGAUAGAGGAUUCAGCUGCGAGAUGA